GUUGAAUUUUUCAAAAAAAUAACCGUUAGCACCUGCAUUUAUUGCUCCAACAGCCAUAUUUUUGAAAUCUAAACGUUGGGAACCCCUCUUUUCUAUAUAUUUGGUUCCUCUCUCCUCACUUUUACACACACAAACACAAUUCUCCUCCUUCCUCUUGCAUAUUUCAUCUUCUCUACAUUUUUUUGAGACUUCUUCAUCACCAUGGGCAAAGACAAGAGCAGGGCUGCCACCUCCGGGAAAUCAAAGUCAAAAUCUUGGGCACCGGCAACAAACUCUGAGGAGCGCCUCUACUUUGGCGAUGGGUCGUACCUUUGGUUCGAUUCCGAGGAGGAGCACACCCGUUUCCUCACCUUCUUCUCUAAACGGGUUGUGGCUCUCCCAAGGAUCGUCCCGGAGCGCCUACCGGAGCUACAAGGCUACGAAGACCUCAACACACAGCUUCAUCAAACUUGCCUCUGGCCGUUCGUCUCCUGGGCUCGGAAGGGGAUCAACCCAGCGCUGAUUCGGGUCUUCUACUCCAACCUCCAGUGUGAGGACGACUUGCUCUACUCCCUUGUCAAGAGCACGCCGAUCGAGCUCACCGUUAAGCAGCUUGGGCGCAUCGCCAGCCUUCCCUACCAAGGCGAUGACGUCUCCCACUAUGGCGGAGAGGAAUGGGUGCUCAACAACGAGGGCCUUAUCCUCAACGAGCUUGGCAUCACCGAGCUCAUCCGGCACGCCACGGGCCGCCCCACCAUCCACUCCGCGAACCCCGAAGGCCGUCUCCUCCUCUACAUCGUAUCCUGAUAAGUUCAUUUUGUUCUUAUUUUAUUCUACAUAUUUUAAGCGUUAUUGCACGAAAAUAGUGGUAAGCAGUACAUAAUUUUAUGUUAAACUGAACAAUAUCUUUGAUUUGUUCUUUAAGGAAUAAUAAUUGGUUUAAAGU